GUUCUCAACAUUAAACCCAAACUCCUACACCAAGCUGUCACCAUCCCUAGUGAACCAACGUGUGUGACUCAAGCUGUCAAACAUCCCAAUUGGAGGUAGGCCAUGUCUGAUGAGUUCAGUGCUCUUGUUCGCCAAGGUACGUGGGAUCUUGUUCCUCCUAAUUCUAAUCAGCAUUUGAUUGGUUGUAAAUGGGUUUUCAGGCUCAAGCGCGCAAAGGAUGGUAGUAUUGAAUGGUAUAAAGCCCGUCUUGUUGCUAAGGGAUUCCAUCAAUGGCCAAGUUAUGAUUACUUUAAUACUUUCGGUCAAGUGAUUAAACCUACUACUAUUCGCAUUGUUUUGUCCCUUGUUGUUAGCAAGCGUUGGCCUAUUUGCCAACUUGAUGUCAACAAUGCCUUUCUACACGACGCUAAGCCUGUCUCUACUCCUCUUGCACUUCAUUUGGAUCUGCAUUCUACUUCCGACAAUGCCCUCUCUGAUGGUUCUCACUACCGGCAGCUUAUUGGCGCUCUUCAAUACCUCUCCCUCACAUGGCCAGAUCUUUCCUUUGCCAUUAAUUGGGCAGCUGAUCGCAGCACAAUGAUUAGCACCACGGGGUACCUUGUUUUCCUUGGACAAAAUCCUAUUUCCUGGCGUGCUGCUAAGCAAAAGGCAAUUGCCCACAGCUCCACUGAAGCUGAGUAUCAGGCCUUAGCUGUUGCAACUUCUGAGCUUGUUUGGAUCAAGAAUUUGUUGGUUGAGCUUGGGGUACCCUGUCCACAAUCUCUAGCACUGUUCUGUGAUAAUGUUGGUGCAACUUACCUUAGCCUUAAUCCUGUUCUCCACUCUCGGAUGAAGCAUAUUGCCAUUGAUCUCCAUUUCGUUCACGAUUUAGUUGACAAAGGGGUUUUUCAUGUUUCUCACAUUUCAUCCCAAGAUCAGCUAGCUGAUGGGCUCACCAAGCCCCUGUCUUCAUCUCGUUUCACCCAUCUACGGUCCAAGAUCGACGUUGCUGAUGGCACCACCAUCUUGCGGGGGCGUGUUAAGGAAACUGAAUCUAUUGGUGUAAUUACGUGAAUCUGCAUCUACUGCACUAUAAUUGCUAAAUAUAUUGUAUAUAUUUUCUUUCCUCUUUUAGUAGAAUGACUUAAUUACAUUCCCUAUAUAUACACUCUGUAAUGUUACUAGUUCUAUAUAUCAAUAAGAAAGUCUUUCUUUGAUUCCCAACCUCACAACCUCGCAGUGAGAAUGUUUUUUUCACAUCAUCAUUCCAGUUGGGUGAGAGAGUAACGAACAUUAAUAAAGUUGUGAGGCAUUU